AUGAACUCCAUCUGUGGAAAAACAAAUACUUUACAGAGUAACUUAAUUAGUUCAUCUCAUGUGAAACAUGACUAUUGUGUCUCACUGGUGAAGAGCAUUCUGUCCAAACACAGCCUGAAGUCACUGCUUCCUGUCCUGUACCUCCUGCUCUUUGUUAUAUACGGCUUGGGAGAUAAACUGCGCAACUUUGUGGUUGGUAUUUUCAUCCCGCAGUACCACUACCCAUAUGCAGUGGCCUUAUGCUUUGGACAGGUUGUGAUCUCUAUUUUAUUCUUAAAUCUCCUGCAUUUCUUGGGUGCGGUGUCUCUUAAGAGCUACACCAGACUCCUCGGUGAGAAGCUUCUUGUGCCGUCCAUCUGCAGCAGCCUCUAUGGGGUGCUCUCCAUGUGGGUCAAAGCCAACAGCUCAACCUCCGGUCUGUUGCCUGUGGUUCUGCCUCUCCUACCUCUGGUUACUAUGGCUUUAAGUUUUCUCCUCAAGCUGCAGUCUCCACUCCACUCCACUCAUGUCUCUGUUAUCCUUUCCUUCUUUAGUUGCUCUGCGCUCGUCAUCACAGUCUCUCGUGGUGUGGCAGGAAUCAACUCUUUGGAGUAUAUCUAUGCUGCUCUAGCAUUACUACUCUUCAGUGUCUCUCUGAUUUGGCUGGCCCAGGUGUCCAAAUUGGAGCACUGCCACCCUUCUAAUGCACAAGCCUCAGUUUUUGACAUCUACUAUGCCCACUUGGUCAACCAGAGCGGGGUCCUGGGCCUUCUGUGGCUGCUUCAUUCAGACAAUCCAUGGCAUGUUUUGAGCCAGGGACACUGGCAGAUCCUGCUUUUUCAUGGAUACCUAUCAGCCAUUCUACUAUUGGGAAUGGUGCUCAAUUUCUUUGUCGGUGUAACAGUUUUGUGUUUCUCGCCUCUGGCUGGUGCGGUGCUCCAUUCUUCUUACAACCUCAUUGUGCCUUUUUUACAGAUCUAUUUAUUUAUGUGA